CGAGUGUGCCAUUUUGGCUCCUGAGCGAGACGCGUCGUGUGAUUGGGCUCCAGGCGCCGCUAUCGGAGCCAAUCAGAGGUGCAUCGCGCGGCGGCACAGACGGUGAGUGAGCGCGGCUGCUGGGAGGGACGGGACGCGGUCGGUUAGCUGGGGAUUGACUUCAGUUCCGUGCUGAUCUCAUAACUCAUAACCUACAGCAGUCAGACGGCAAGCAUGGAGCAGUACACCACCACGACAACUAGUGGAGAGCAGAUAGUGGUACAGGCCAGCAGCGGACAGAUCCAACAACAGGGCACAGUGACUGCGGUGCAGUUGCAGACUGAGCCUCAGGUAGGCCAGACUGCGGCCCAGCAGGUCCUUCAGGUCCAAGGGCAGCCUCUUAUGGUACAAGUCAGUGGGGGUCAGCUCAUCACUUCCUCUGGGCAGCCCAUAAUGGUACAGGCCAUGACAGGAGGACAAGGUCAAACCAUCAUGCAAGUACCGGUAUCUGGUACACAGGGGCUGCAGCAGAUUCAAUUGGUACAGCCCAGUCAAAUCCAGCUUCCUGGUGGGCAGACAUUACAGCUACAGGGUCAGCAGGGACAGACCCAACAGAUCAUCAUUCAACAGCCACAGACCGCAGUCACUGCAGGACAGAACCAGGGUCAGCAGCAGAUCACUGUACAGGGUCAGCAGGUGGCUCAAACCGCUGAAGGACAGACCAUCGUUUACCAGCCUGUUAAUGUGGACGGGACCAUCCUACAGCAGGGAAUGAUCACCAUUCCAGCUGCAUCUUUAGCAGGAGCUCAGUUAGUCUCAGCUGGAUCCAACACAAACACCACCAACACCGGUCAGGGCACAGUGACCGUCACUCUUCCCAUGGCAGGCAACAUGGUCAAUGCUGGAGGAAUGGUCAUGAUGGUCCCAGGGGGUGGCGGGUCAGUUCCCACCAUGCAGCGCAUUCCUCUUCCUGGAGCAGAGAUGCUGGAGGAGGAACCUCUCUACGUCAAUGCUAAACAGUAUCACAGGAUCCUCAAGAGGAGACAAGCCCGUGCCAAACUAGAAGCUGAAGGCAAAAUACCAAAAGAGAGAAGAAAAUACCUGCACGAGUCUCGUCAUCGUCACGCCAUGGCCAGGAAGCGUGGAGACGGUGGACGUUUCUUCUCUCCGAUGGAAAAGGAAGAAAUGGCCAUGCAGGCCCUUAAGGUGAGCGAGGGGCUUGAGCUCAGCUCUCAUUGGUCAGCCACCUCUGCCCCACCUCUGGGGUAAACUAUCCAAUCCCAGCCUGUGUCCGACCCGAGAGACUGUAUGCACCUAAUUUAAUUUAGACCAUCCAUACCCUGCGGCUCUGUGUCCGAGCUACCUCAUGCGUCUGUGGCACACUCAUGUCCAAACUGUCUCUGUCUAUGAGUUAACUGACAUUUCCAACCAACUUAGUAUAUAUGUUCUAGCCUAUAGUAUACAAUGUACAGAUUAGGCCCCAUGUUUGUAACUUCUAUGCUGCCUUGUAGCAUUUUUUACCACUUUUAAUAAUUCCAUUAUUUAGGUGCAUAUCUUUAUGUGCAUCUUAAAGAUAGUAUGUUUGAACUGAUUGGAAGUGGCUUCUUUCAAAAAGCUUCAGUUGUAAACAUGGGUGAUUAGCACAUUUUAUCCUGUCAGUGUUAAAGGUUUCUUAUCUUAAAUGUCUGACUGCUACUUUAAAAGGAAGUCUUCAACCUUGACGUCUUUUGUUCUGUCUGCAUUUCUUGUAGCUUGUAUUUCUACCCAGACUGCUUGUGAUACUCACUGGAUGCUGCGAUGUAUUAAGCAGUGUUUAUUUGUCCUUUUUACCAUCUUACUGGUAUGAAUAGCCAUUCAAAAUGAUCUGGUUUCAUUUGUGAUGUAUGGCUUGGCUUGCACCCUUCAACGCUCUUCUGUCUUUGCCCAGAGCUGUGGCUUUGGUAUUGCUUUUGCCAUUUUAUGUUUCUUACAGUGGGCUGUAUGUGGGCUCUUGUUUGCAUUUAUGUUUGUUACCUGAUGAUAUAUAUGCCCUUUUUAUGCAAAUAAACCUUUAUAUAACCUUUAAA